UCGCGACGUGCUAAAAGGCUCGGUUGGCGUAUAUAAGGAGGUGACAGGAAGUCCACAAGCAGCACUCUGCCCCAGAUAAGAAGAAGUUCAAGCAAACCCACACUUUCACCAUGGAGGACACACCCACCAAAACUACAGUCAUGAAGGAUGAGACUCAGAUGUGCCAUGACUCUGUGUCGCACCCACCAGCUUACGGCUGGCAGCCCAGUCUGCUCUACAACCAGCACUUCGGCCUUCCUCCAUUCCUAGAUUUCAGAGAUCUGAGCUGGAUGGAGAGCGUUUUUAAAAGGCUACGGUCCUCCUCAUGGCCGGGAUACACCCAAGCACCUGGGUUUGCCCCACUGCCGAGCGUGAAGAUCCACAGAGAGGUGGGCGGAGGCGUUUCUGAGGUGUCGACCCAGUCGAGCAGAUGGAACGUGAGUCUGGAUGUGAAUCAUUUUGCACCGUCGGAGAUUGCGGUGAGAACGCACGGUGGCUUCCUGGAAAUUGAAGGAAAACAUGACGAGAGACAAGACGAACAUGGCUACAUCUCCAGAUGUUUCAUCAGGAGAUACAAGGUUCCUGCUGGAAUCGAAGCGGAGAGUAUACGCUCCUUCAUAACUGGAGAUGGCGUUCUUACCAUUGAAGCGGCGUUACCCAGCAUUGCACCACCAGCUGAUGUUACAAUCCCGGUUCAGGUGGAGAUAGAGGCAGUGGAUUUAAAAGACGAAAAACAAGAUGGCUCCCAGCCUGGAAAGCCUGAGAUAGAAGACACAGUCAUUCCUCCUCCUGCAGAAACGCCCGAAGGCGACACUGUAGGUGCUGAUGAGAGGAUUCAUCACACAAACGGUCCACCUGAUGCUCCGGAAAGUGUGGAAGCAGGAGAGGAAACGAUUACCCAGCAAGAUGGAGAGAAGAAGGAGGAAGAGAGUGUGGAUGUAGUUGAUUCAGAGGGAGCCAAAGAGGAGGUGCUGGAUUCACAACCUAAGGCUGCUGAAGCCCCCGAAGCUCCUGUAGAUGCUGAAGCUCAAGAAGCUACCCACACUCCAGAAGAUACCCAUGCUCCAGAAGAUACCCACACUCCAGAAGAUACCCAUGCUCCAGAAGAUACCCAUGCUCCAAAAGUUACCCAAGCUCCAGAUCAUACACACGCUCCAGAUGAUAGCAAAGCUCCCGAAGAUAGCAAAGCUCCUGAAGCUCCAGACACAGUGACAACCGAGAUGGAAUCAGAGAUCCAAGAUAAGGAAGAGGACAAAAAGAUCCAAGAAGCAGAGGUGGAAGGAGAUCUCCCAAGUGCCGAGACUGAUGCACAAACUCCCGUCUCAGAGCAAACUCAGGAGGAGAUUCCAUCCGAGCUGGGCGUCAAGGAAAAAUAAGCUGUAAAGCAAACUAAGUGAAUCAAGUGGAUGAAGACGACUGCUUGGAGAAAUCGAUGCUCCACUGCUCAUCCUUAAUUCAGCCGUUUCAUCAGUUUAGUGGCCAUUAAUAAGCGUUAUCUGUGAGGCAGUUUGCUGUAACCUGUAACUUUAAAGCACUAAUAAAACCAGAGCACUUAAAUAUGUGAUUCUUUUAUUC